AUGUCAUUAGAAAUGAUUCGAAAUUGCAAUGGUAACGAGGACGCCAUGGAUGCUUUUUUAUCAAGCUCAUCGUCAAUAACCAGUUUGGUAAAAUUGCUUUUACAUCGCGUGUAUUGGAAACAAAAAUUUAUUUUGGUGGAAUCAGUUAUUCAUGAUUGGACUUACGUAAAGAAUUCUCAUUUCCGUGAUAUCAUGUUGAAGUACGCGCGGCUAGGUAGUCUGGGUUCAUCGACAUACUUCUACAUAGCUUCUGCCGCUGUAACCUUCGCCUUCAGUGUCAUGCUCGGCAAUAUUUAUUUGGCUUUGUUCUCUGAAAAGCAGACUUUUAAUGGAACGUACGAAAAAAAACUGAUGUUAGCAGCCUAUUGCACCUUUGGACAUUACUAUACAUUUUCUUUCGCGUACUGCGCCAUUGAAGCUUUGCAGUUUGUACAGAUCCUUGUCAACGUAAUCUCGCAGUGCGGAGGCGACGGGUUCUUCUUUGAUCUCACGAUGCAUAUGUGUGGACAAUUCGCAAUUCUUCGUAUGAACUUUAAUGCAUUGAGUUGCGAUAAAUUUUCCUACCGUAACGAACUUGACGUCUUGUUGAAAAGACAUUAUCGCCUUGUACGUUUAUCGUAUUAUAUGGAGAAAGCAUUCACUCUGGCCAUUUUGGCACAGGUUUUAAUGAGCGUCCUUGUUUUAUGCGUAGAAGGUUUUCUUUUAAUUCUUUCACUUAAAAUAAACGAUGCUUUCACUGCUAUGAAACACAGCGUCUAUAUUAUCGCACUGUUGAUACAACUUUUUCUUUAUUGCUUGGCUGGACAGACGUUGGAGUUCCAGUCAAAAGAAUUAGCCUAUGGAAUUUAUGAAUCACCAUGGUAUUCUUUUGACGUGAACAUGAUGAAAAAUUUACCAUUGAUAAUUCUCCGAGCAACUAAUCCUCAGCAAUUAACUGCAGGAAAAUUUGUACCAAUAAAUUUUAUGACUUUUAAGGAAAUUUUGAAGGCUUCCGCUUCGUAUUUAUCUGUAUUAAGGUGCUUGAGAAUGAAAUCAUAUACGGAUUGGAAUACUGAUACUACAAACAUUUUAAAAUUUUAUAAAAAUCUUCUUGGCAUAAUUGGACUCUGGGUAUUAAAUGAGAAAAAUAUAUUCUCAAGAAUUCGAUGGUUCUUAUCGACAAUAGUGGAAACGAGUACAUCAAUCAUCAUGUCACUAGAAAUGAUUCGACAUUGUAAUGGUCACGAAGAUGCCAUGGAUGCUUUUCUAUUAAGCUCAUCGUCAAUAAUCAGCUUAGUAAAACUGCUUUUGCAUCGCGUAUAUUGGAGACAAAAAUCCGUUUUGGUAGAAUCAGUUAUUCAUGAUUGGACUUACGUGAAAAAUUCUCACUUUCGUGAUAUCAUGUUAAAGUACGCUCGCAUAGGUAGACUGGGUUCCUCAAUAUUCUUCUGUAUGGGUUGUGCUUCGGUCGUAUCCUUUGUCUCCAGUGUUGUGAUCGCCAAUAUUAAUUUACCCUGGACCUCUGAAAAGCAAGUUUAUAAUGAAACAUACGAAAGAAAACUGAUGUUAGCGGCCUAUUGCACUUUCGGAAAAUAUUAUACAUCCUUUUUUGCUUACUGCGCUAUUGAAGUUCUGCAAUUCGUACAAAUUCUCGUUAACGGCAUCUCGCAAUGCGGAAACGACGGUUUCUUUUUCGAUCUCACGAUGCACAUGUGUGGGCAAUUUGCAAUUCUUCGUAUGGACUUUAAUGCAUUGGGUUGCGACAAAUUUUCCUGCUAUAGCAAACUCGACAUCCUGUUGAAGAGACAUUAUCGCCUUGUGUAUUUAUCGCGAUAUUUAGAAAAAGCAUUUACUUUAGUCAUCUUGGCACAAAUUUUAAUGAGCGUUGUUGUCUUAUGCGUCGAAGGUUUUCUUUUACUUCUUUCGCUUGAAAUGAACGAUGCUCUUACCGCAGCAAAACAUGGAGUCUUUAUUAUUUCACUAUUAGUCCAACUCUUUCUUUAUUGCUUUGCUGGACAGACGUUGGAAUUUCAGUCAAAAGAAUUAGCUUAUGCAAUUUAUGAAUCACCGUGGUAUUCUUUUGACGUGAAUAUGAUGAAAAAUUUACCAUUGAUAAUCCUCCGAGCAACCAAUCCUCAGCAAUUAACUGCAGGAAAAUUCGUAGCAAUAAAUUUUAUGACUUUUAAGGAAAUUCUAAAGGCUUCCGCCUCAUAUUUAUCUGUAUUAAGGGUAAUGAUAAAAACAUUAUUCCUAAAACUAUACGGUUUGUGGCCAUUACAGAAGCAGACAGUAUUCACGAAGAUACAAUGGGGUUUUUGUUUGAUUGCACAGUUUAUGAUACUACCUUGUCUGACGACGGAGUUCCUCUGGAGCAACAACGACGCCAGCUCAAAUAUAGAAAGUAUAACAUUCUUUGCGUCUACGACGACUGGAAUUAUAAAAAAUCUAUGUUUUAUUAUCAGUCAGAAGAGGCUGCGUACGAAUAUUAAUGCUGCUAUUGACGAUUGGUUAUCUAUUAAAAAUAAUAUGGAAACUAGGAAGAUAAUGAAGAAGUAUGCAGUUAAAGCCAAAACACUCACAUUUACGUUAUUAUAUUCGUUGUAUGUGUGCCUUGGCAUGUAUAUAGCAGUCAUUAUAUUUAUUAAUCUGAAGCAGAUAUUCUUCACAGACGAAUUGAAUUUAGCGAAUGUUAAUACAACAGAUUGGAUGCUGCUGAUUCCAUCUGGUCCAUUGAAUCACUUCAUUACUGGUCCACAAUAUGCGGUAAUCUUGACUAUCCAGAUUGUUCAGUCGAGCGUAUUAUCUUUUUUAUUAUUUACCGUGGAUAGUUUCUUCUUUAACAUCAUACUACAUCUCACCGGUCAACUCGAGGUGCUUAAAAACAACUUCAAGACAUUUACGAGCGAGCCAAAAACUGUUACAAAUUAUCGAAAGAAAUUCGUCAACUUGGUUAACAGGCACAGCCUGUUGAUGGAAUUGUAUCAAAAUUUGGAAGACACAUUUCAUUUUCUUAUAUUAUAUCAAAUUGUGGUAGUAACGGUUUUACUUGCAUUAGUAGGAUUGCGUUUAAAUAUUUGCAUAAACGAAAAAAAUCAUGUUGAAGCGAUAAAGAGUGUUUUUGUCUUAAACUAUUUAGUCAUGCAAUCGUUAGUAUAUACCUAUGGUGGUGAAUUUUUGCAAAGGAAAAGCGAAAACAUAUUUUAUACAUUGUACACAACUUCCUGGUUCACGCUUCCUUCAGCAUUAAUGAAAGAUCUGCAUUUCGCGAUGAUGAGGUCGAGUAUUCCGUUUCGUUUAACAGGCGGAAAAUUUUUCUAUGUUAAUCGCGAGACAAUGAUGUACGUUCUUAAGACAGCGGCCUCAUAUAUUUCAGUUUUAAGAAUAGCGUUAAGAAAGAGCUUUCAGUUAAUCCUCACGCUUUCGAUGCAUAGCAUAUACACUGCCAUGAAACAUCUCCUUUUCGUCGUUGUUUUAUUGAUACAACUAUUUCUCUACUGCUUCGCUGGACAGACGUUGGAAUUCCAAUCACAAGGACUAGCUUCUGCAAUUUAUGACUUACCAUGGUACAAUUUUGAUUUAAACGUAAUGAAGAAUUUACCAUUAAUGAUCCUCCGAUCAACCAAUCCUCAUCAAUUAACGGCAGGAAAGUUUCUAGCAAUAAAUUUCAUAAGCUUUAAGGAAAUUUUAAAAGCUUCCGCUUCGUAUUUGUCCGUAUUAAGGGUAAUGUUAGAAACGUAA